AUGUUCCAGCACGACACGCUGGAGGCCAGCUGCGGCGAGGUCAGAAUCGCGGACGUGGGGGGCCCUGUGCUGAGGCAGCUGCUGUCUUACGUGUACACCCUGCAGGCCCCCCAGCUGACCGACACGGCCCCUGAGCUGUUGGCGGCAGCCGACACAUACGGCCUGUCCGCCCUGAAGGCCGCCUGCGAACAGCAGGUGGCGGCGCAGCUGGAGGUGGAGACGGCGGCGGCUGCAGCUGUGCUGGCGGUGAGGCACUCGUGCCCCAGCCUAACUGCGGCCGCCAUCCACUUCAUAAGGGCCCACGACUACAAAGUAAUGGCGACGCAGGGCUGGGCAGACGCCGUGCUGCAGUACCCGAAAGACAUCGUCGAAGUCAGUCGGCUGCUCAGUGAGCCACCAGCAGAACCCAGCGCGCCGGCCGCCCCCGCCGCCCGGCCGCCCAGCGACAGCAGCCGGACCCCCGCCGCCGCCCCCGCCGCCCCCGCCGCCCCCGCCGCCCCCGCCGCCCGCCGAUCUCCACCGCCGCCGGACAGCGCCGCCGUCUCCCGCCUGCGGAGCCUCUCUCAACAGGAGAGAGGGAGGAGGCUGAUAGAGGCGGCCAGGCAGGGCGCGGCGGAGCAGCUGCGCGAGUUACUGGCGGCGGGGGCGGACGUGGGGGCGAGGGGGGAGGAGUUGGGGAACAGCUGGACCGCCCUGCACGUGGCAGCAGGCAGGGGUCACGUGGCGGCGGCCAGCUGCCUCGUCGGCGCCGGCGCGGAGGUCGACGCCAGGACCAGCCGGGAGCAGCAGACGCCCCUGCACUGGGCUGCACGGGGUGGCCGCGCUGGUGUGGUGCGGCUGCUGGUCGGCGCCUCUGCUGACCCCAACGCCAGGGAUCGGUGGGGGCGGACGCCGCUGCACCGGGCGGCACUGUGGGGUCACGCAGGGGCGGCGGCAGAGCUGCUCCUGGCGGGGGCGGACAGGGGGGCCCGGGAUGAGGAUGGCAGCACCCCCCUGGACCUCGCCAGGCUGAACAGAAACCAGGAGCUGGUGGAUAUGCUGACACAACGCUGACGUACGGCAUUCAGGAAGCACAAGCAGUUACACCAUAUGCGUUGGUCUUUCUAAUAAAGAAUACAAAAAAACAAUCCUUUGUUCAUUUAUUUGUACAUACCAUUUUGUGCUGCGUAUGACAACUCUGGUAACACCGGGACAACGACGAGAGAUACCUGUAAACU